AUGUCUACCGUUACCGUCGGUGUACUGGCACUCCAAGGCGGCUUCCACGAGCAUGUCCAACUCACGCGGAAGGCCGCCGCUUGGCUCGCAACGGCCCAGUCGCCGGCGCUAAGUCCCAAGCCCGACAUCGCAGCCAUCGAGGUCCGCACCGAGGCAGAGCUCCGCCGUUGCGACGCCCUCAUCAUUCCGGGCGGGGAGAGCACCACCAUCUCGCUUGUCGCGACGCAGUCCGGGUUGAUGGAACCCCUUAGGGAAUUCGUCAAAAUCAAACAGAAGCCGGUAUGGGGCACAUGCGCCGGCGCGAUCCUUCUUGCUGAUGAAGCCAAUGCUACCAAGAAGGGCGGCCAAGAGCUCAUUGGGGGGCUCGCCGUUCGCGUUCACCGCAAUCACUUUGGCCGGCAGAUAGAGAGUUUUGUCGCCGACCUCGAAUUGCCGUUCCUGUCGCAAGGUGACGGAAGCACGGAAACUGCCUCCUCGUCCUACCCCGGCGUCUUCAUUCGCGCCCCCAUCGUCGAGGAGAUCCUUUCAACUGAGGCCAAGCCGUCGUCGUCAGUUGAGGUCUUGGCCGUUCUUCCCGGCCGCAAGACGAGGGCCGCCGAGGGCGUCAGCCAGAGCACAGCAGACGACUCGGUUGGUGACAUUGUUGCUGUGAGGCAGAACAACAUAUUCGCCACGAGUUUCCAUCCAGAGCUGACUGACGACAUUCGCAUUCACGUGUGGUGGCUGGAGCAGGUGCUUCGGUCUGUGGCAUCGACAUCAUCUGCAUGA